GGUCUAUCCCAUCUUCUCUCCAUCCUUUUUACCAAACAUACCCUUACACAACAACCGUCUUCGACGGGGGUCCUCCGUCUGCCCUUCACUUCUUUCUGCUGAGUUAACCAUUUUUAAGUAAAAUAAAUCAAAAAAGAAACCCUAAAUUCCUAAUUACACUGGCAGUGUUGAAGUUUAUGAGUUACAACACCCCAAACCCAAACUGGAAUCGGAACACCGCAUUUCCUGUUUCGAAUAUGUUUUCAAUCGCAGCUAUCAAUGAUACCAACUCUAAAGGCCAAUGGGAGCCCUUAGCUCCCACCAAAGAAGCACAGGAAUUUCAUCUGUCACAAACUUAUCAAGAAGGGUUGCUUAAAUUGCAAGCUAAAAAAUACGAAAAAGCUCGUCAGCUCUUAGAAUCUGUCUUAAAAGACCCUCUUAUAGCAAAUGCACAGGUGGAUGGGAGUGCUAGUGAUGGACAUCUAUUGCAACUCAGAUUUUUGGCGUUGAAGAAUCUUGCCAAUGUUUUCCUUCAACAAGGAUCAUUACAUUAUGAGAAUGCACUACACUGUUAUCUUCAAGCUGUAGAGAUUGAUACCAAAGAUUCUGUUGUCUGGAAUCAGCUGGGAACAUUAUCGUGCUCAAUGGGCUUACUCAGUAUUUCCCGCUGGGCAUUCGAGCAAGGGCUUUUAUGUAGCCCUAAUAAUUGGAACUGUAUGGAGAAAUUACUGGAAGUCCUUAUUGCCAUUGGUGAUGAGGUUGCAUGUCUUUCUGUCACUGAGCUAAUUUUGAGGCACUGGCCAUCACAUUCACGUGCUUUGCAUGUCAAGCAAACCAUUGAAGAUUCAGAACCAGUUCCUUUUGCUCCUAGAGGUAUAGAUAAGUUGGAACCGAAACAUGUCCGGCUUAAAUUCCUUGAUAAGAGAAAAGCAACUGAUGAGAAUCUUGAUGAGGGAAUUGCAUGUAAAAAGCUGAACCAGAAUUUAGAAUUACACCUGGCAGAAGCUUCUUGGGUAAGUCUUGCUGAUGUACUCUUGGAUGUCUUACUUCCUCUGAGUUGUUGUCAUCUUGAGAAGGAUGGUGAGAAAUCUUACAGAUCUGGGGAUGUCAAACUAUUAAUUCACGUACCUUUUGCUUCUGAAAAUGCUUCUGGGAUGGAGGAAAGGAAAACACUUAACCCAAUAACUGCAGCUACAUUACUUUGUGAUACUAGCUCUGAAAUAGCAGGUGUGGUUAAAGAAAAAGACACAAAUGUUCUAGAAGAACAACCACAGGAAAGGCGGAGCACUCGUCUUGAAAGACUUAGGAACAGGAAGCCAGGGAAGGAAGAUCUUGAUUUCACUAAUGAUAAGGACCAAGCUAAGGUUGUAAUUCAAUACCUAGAACCUUUUAUUGCUGGUGAACUAGGUAAAAAAGAUACUGAAAAUUCUGCUAAUAGCUCUCUUUCUCAUAGUGAUCAAGUUAAACCAUGUGAUACUGAAUAUAGUGAUGUUACCAAAUUUCUUAGAAAGACCUCAAACAAUUGUGGGGCUUAUCAUAUGGCUCACUUACUUUUAGAAGAUACAGCAAGCAAAGGACUCGUGUAUCAAGAUGCAUUUAUCAAGUUCUUGGAUUUGGAGAGGAUGACAAGACAUUGGGGAAAGGAGAGGACCCACGAGUGCAAUCUUUUUCUUGCUGAACUUUAUUAUGACAUUGGAUCUUCUUCUUCUGAUACGUCCAAAGUAUCCGAGUUUGUGUCAGAGACAUCUUAUCAUCUUUGCAGGAUCAUUGAAUCUGUGGCAUUGGAUUAUCCUAAUUACAUGAGUUGUGACUUGGGUAAUGGAAAUAGCUCUACAUUUAUAGGAUCCCAAUGUAAUGAUGGAACAUCAGUUGCUGGUUCUAUAAGUCAGAAUUUAAGAUUAGACAAUUUGUCCUUAAAUAAUAACAAUUUCUUAUGGGUCCGGUAUUUUUGGUUAAGUGGGCGAUUGUCUAUUUUAGAAGGUAACAAGGAAAAGGCCCUUGAACAAUUCAGUAUUUCACUAUCAAUUUUGACAAACGAUAAAAGUUCUGAAGGUUCUCAAUCUUUGGUCCGCCUUCCACAUUGUAAGGUAGUCAAAGAGAUAACUAUUGAUAGGAUUCUCCAUCAAAUUAACUUCUUAAAGGUUGAUUUCUUGAUGGAGAAGACCUUGGGUGAGAUGAUUGAGAAAGAAUUGUAUAUGGAGUGCAUGACCUUGCUUGCUCCACUUCUAUCCUCUACAAAAGAUGUUCAUCUUGAUACACUAUCAUUCCUUGUUCCAGAUAAAGAUGGGGAAGAGAUUACUUCUAUUGAACUAUCAGCUCUUGACAUUUUACUAAAAGCUUGUGAAAAGACAAGGCCACUAGACAUUGAAGUGUAUUUAAAUUGCCAUAGGAGAAAGCUGCAAAUACUUGUGGCGAUAGCUGGAAUGGAUGAAGGUCUUGCUUGUAAAUUGUUCCAUAUGAAGUCAGGGCCAAAAGUGCCUUAUGCUUCUGAUGUAGAGUUAAAAGAAAGUUCGUGCAAGCGCUGGAAUUCCUUAGUACUGAAGGAAGUAAAGGCAAUAUCUCAAUGUGUCUCUCAAAUUAAGAACUUGAUUGAUCCACAUGGAGAUACAGAUGGCAAUAUUGUUCCUGCAAGCACCGUUAAGGAUAUUCAGUCCUUGCUGUUGUCAGUAAUGUGCAAUAUUGCUGGCAUAUUCCUGAGUAAGAAAUCUUCCGGGCUAGUAAUUGCUGAUCAAACAGAAAGACAUUGCUUUGUUGAAGCUGCAAUUGCAUUCUGCAAACUUCAGCAUCUCAACCUUACGGUACCUGUUAAAACUCAAGUUGACUUAAUUGUUGCAACGCACGACUUGCUUGCUGAGUAUGGGCUCUGUUGUGCGGGAGAAGAUGGCUCAGGGGAGGAAGGAAUAUUUCUUAAGUUUUCAAUUAAGCACCUUUUGGCCUUGGAUAUGAAGCUUAAAUCUAACAACUCCCUGAACAAGGAAAAAACUGAGUGCAAUGAGCAGGUUAGCCUUGACACUUGUUUAAAGAUUUCCCUAUCUGAAGCAAAAUCAGAGACACUAGAUGUGGAAAUGGGUCAAAGUAGAAAGAAUGAAACUAGUGUCUUGGAAAAGGACACUCAUGAAGUUGUGCUUUCCCAAAGCAUUUCACCUCAUAAACCCUUAGAUAAAGACACUGUAGUAGUAGGUGGUGGAGAGCAAAACAGUAAUAACUCCAGUGGCAAAUUCAAAACAGGGGAGAAAGCAAGUGAUCAAUCCAUUGAAGGUGGUAAGGAACUCACCGAAGAUGAAAAAGAGGAACUUGAGUUAAAAAUUGAUAAUGCUUUGGACCAGUGCUUUUUUUGCUUAUAUGGCCUUAAUAUUAGAUCCGAUUCAUCAUAUGAAGAUGAUCUAGCUACUCACAGAAAUACUAGUCGUGGAGAUUAUCAGACCAAGGAACAGUGUGCUGAUGUCUUUCUAUAUAUACUCCCAUAUGCUAAGGCUUCUUCUAGAACUGGAUUGGUAAAACUUCGCAGAGUACUAAGAGCCAUACGUAAACAUUUUCCACAGCCUCCAGUAGACAUUUUGGCUGAAAACGCAAUAGAUAAGUUCUUAGAUGAUCAUAAUUUAUGUGAAGAUCAACUCUCAGAGGAGGCUGGUUCAGAUGGGUUUCUUGAAACCAUAACAAAGGCAAUACUUCCCAAUUUGGGAAGUUUUAAACAGCACAAGAUGACAUUGGUUGGGAGCUCUGAGCCAUACCUGGAGGUUUACAGUAACUUGUAUUAUUUUCUUGCCCUGUCUGAGGAAAUGAGCGCAACUGAUAAAUGGCCUGGCUUUGUGCUCACCAAGGAAGGGGAGGAAUUUGUACAGCAUAAUGCAAACCUCUUCAAAUAUGAUUUAUUGUAUAACCCUCUACGAUUUGAAAGUUGGGAACGGCUUGCAAAUAUAUAUGAUGAGGAGGUAGAUUUGCUGCUAAAUGAUGGCAGUAAACACAUCAAUGUAGCAGGAUGGAGGAAGAAUGCUAUGUUUUCUAAGAGAGUUGAGACAAGCCGAAAGAGGAGUAGACGGUGUCUGUUAAUGAGUCUGGCUUUGGCAAAGACAUCAUCCCAGCAGUUGUGGGAAGGGAUAGAGCUGGAUGUAGGUCCUACGGUCUUGCUGUCAAGGGCUGUCUUCAGUUGGUUUUUGUGCAGUAAAUACUCAUGUGAGAUACACGAGUUAUUGGCUUUGGUAUACUACGAUAGUCUGCAGAAUGUGGUGCCAUUUUAUGAUCAGCGAUCUGUUAUACCUGUAAAGGAUGCAGCAUGGAUGAUGUAUUGUGAGAACUCAAUGAGACAUUUUAAGAAAGCAUUUGCUCACAAGCAAGAUUGGUCUGAUGCUUACUAUAUUGGGAAACUCUGUGAAAAGCUUGGGUUCUCUAGUGACGUAUCAUUAUCGUAUUAUAACAAGUCUAUUAAUUUGAAUCCAUCAGCUGUGGAUUCUGUGUACAGGAUGCAUGCUUCACGCUUAAAGUUACUUUUUACAUGUGGAAAACAGAACCUAGAGGCUUUAAAGGUUCUUUCAGCAUAUGCCUUUAGUCAAUCAAACAAAGAUGCUGUCAUGACUCUCUUAGAUAGAAUGGAUGCUGAGAAUUCCCAAAAGGAUAGAAGCAAAAAAGAAGAUGCUGGAGAAAUAAAUCAUGAGGAUUUACUUACACUGGAGGUGUGGCGCAUUCUUUACAGUGAUUGUCUUUCUGCCCUUGAAGCGUGUGUUGAAGGGGAUUUGAAACAUUUUCAUAAAGCUAGAUAUAUGCUUGCUCAAAGUCUAUAUAAAAGAGGUGACCCUGGUGAUUUGGAGAAGGCGAAGGAUGAACUCUCUUUUUGCUUCAAAUCAUCUCGAUCAUCUUUCACAAUAAACAUGUGGGAGAUUGAUAGCACAGUGAAGAAGGGAAGACGCAAACACCCUGCUAUUUCUGGGAGCAAGAAGAUCCUUGAAGUUAACUUACCUGAAAGUUCUCGAAAAUUUAUUACUUGUAUUCGCAAGUAUCUGUUAUUCUAUUUGAAACUGUUAGAGGAGACUGGAGACAUCUGUACACUUGAACGGGCUUAUAUAUCUCUUCGAGCAGAUAAAAGGUUCUCCUUAUGCAUUGAAGAUCUUGUACCAGUAGCACUUGGGAGAUAUGUUAAGGCCCUUGUUUCAUCCAUGGGUCAAGCUGAGAAGGUUGGCUAUGGUGCUCCAAGCAGUUUUGAGCAAAUACUGGAGAAAAUGUUUUCUUUGUUCAUUGAACAGGGGAACUUGUGGCCAGAGAUAUGUAGCUUAUCUGAGAUUAAGGGCCCAGAGACAUCAGAGAGCAGCUUAUAUUGGUAUCUCCACGAACAUAUCACAAUAUUAGAGAGAAAUGGCAAGCUGGAAAUACUCGAAGGAAUAAAUGAGAAGAUUCGAAAGCGUUUUAAGAAUCCAAAAUUGUCGAAUAGUAAUUGUGCUAAAGUUUGCAGGCAUGCUUCGGUUGCUUGGUGUCGUUCACUUAUAAUAAGCCUUGGACAGAUCACUCCGUCACUACCUAAACCAUCCAGUGAGACUCAAGUACUUUGUCAAUCAGAUGCUUGUUUGGAAACCCAAUUGCUUUGUGUUGAUUUGCAAACAGAUGAACUAUGGAAUUCAGCAUUUGAGCACCCAACCCAAUUGAAAGCUCUUGAAAUAAAAUGGAGGCCAAUAUUGUCAAAAAUAAAUAAUGUAAUGAUUAAGAAGGUGUCAGAUGAAAAUUUGGAGACGGCCAAUGCUUUGCUUAAAUCUUCUUAUAACUUUUAUCGUGAGAGCUCUUGUGUAAUGCCCCCAUCUGGUGUCAACCUUUUUUUGGUUCCAUCUUGGUCAGCUAUGGGCAACCAAUUUCAACCAACCAUGAAUGACAUUGAAAUUCUUGAUCUCAGUGUUCCAAGGAAGCUUAUCUUGUGGGCCUAUACGCUAGUUCAUGGACGUUAUGCAAAUAUCUCAGUUGUUGUGAAGUAUUGUGAAGAAAAUGCGAAGUCAAAAAUGAAAAAAGGAGCUGGCAACUCAUCUGCUUUCUCAAAUGCAAGCAUACCAAACGUUGUCACCACCCAAACAGGUGGUCAAAGAGAUGGAGCUGGCCAGGGGGGAGGAAAUGAUGCGGAGGCUACUCCUCUAACCCCAGCAGUCUCGACUUCAGUGGCUGAGGGCAAUGCCACCCCCUCAUCAAACCCAUCUUCUUGUUCCAUUGACAGUCAAAAGGUUUUAUUUGAUGCUCCGCAACUGAACCAUUGUAACUACACCACUGGAGAGAGGAGUAAUGUCAUGGCACAUGAAGCAGAUCCAGACAAAGGCUGAUCUUAUAUAUAAAUCGAGGCUAACUAAAUUUAUUUGUACAUAUCAUAUCAUGGAUCAUAUCACUGUGGGCUAGUUUGAUACAACUGUGUUGUGGAAAAAAUAGCCGCAGUUGUACUGUGGGACAACUGUGGAGAAAAAAUACUGCAGGCUGUAGGGAAAAAGUGAUCAGUGUGGUAAAUUAUAGAUUUUAAAAUGUUGUGCAUUGGAAAAGCUAUAUCAAAAUAUUUGAUAAAUUAUACGAUUAAGUAAUGUUAAUAUUAAAAAAUCAAAAUAGAUCUCA